UCCAUCCCUUAACUUACCGCCCUGAGAGUUCAGCCUGAUUGUGUAUAUAAAUAUGGCUACCGGUGUUUUGGCAGAGAUUGAGGAAGUACGCAGUUACAAGCCAGUCUUCAACAGAAGUAGUCACGCACACACACACACAACGAGCCAGUGAAUGUCACGCUGCACUAGCGGGUCGCAUACCUCAUCUUGGUUUGGGUGACAUUGGGGUAUUUACUUAAUCAGAAUGGCUGUACAUCUAUUUCUUGGAGCCUUUAUUACCGUCUUAGCAGUUGUCCCCCUUGUCUCUGGACAGGCGAGAUGUGACCUUGCCAAGGCCAGUGAAUGUAUAGAAGAACUGGAGUCCAUCUUGAAUGACACGAAGGACGAAGGAAGGACGGUUCAAGACAAGAUUCGAAUGUGCACAUUGACGUUGCGUAACAAUAACAUCAGUACUUGUUACACGAUGAACACAGCCAUGUGCCCUGACAAUCCCGACACUCAACGUCAAGCAAGUCGGUGGAGUUCUAUCACAGACGAGAUCGAUCUAUUCUGUGAUAAUGACUGCCAGGAUUACAAGGAGAUAAAAGCAUGCAAGGAGAAGGUCAAUAUGGACGCCAUAGACCAGGGAACCCCGUCCAUCUUUUGUAGGACGUAUGGCGAGAGUAAGCAGUGUUUGGCCGACAACAUUGACGGCGACAGCUGCGGGUACAAGGAAGACAUCUACGACGCUCUGUAUGACGGGUCGUACUUCAGAAACUACUACCAGAACGUCUGUCUAACUGAUUGUCCUAACCUCGACGAGACAGUGAACAUUCUGAAAAACUGCUAUACUUUCUUAGAAAAUUAUGACGUAUCCAACGUCUGCCCGGCUCAUCGCAACUUCAGCAAGUGUUUAAACAGCUACCCCGCCAAGCCGUGUGAUCAGUUCCACACCCUCAUCCCCCUCAUCCUCUACCGGUACGACUACCUGAAGAACCACAGGCUUUGUCAGGACGAUGCCUGUCAACGAGCUCGCACCUGCCAAUCACAUGUCCAGAGACAGUAUGACACCACCCUCGGUAGCUAUGUUGACCGAUCAAGUACUCUGUAUCUGGACGAUUUAUGUUUGGUUGUAAUUAGUGGCAACAAUCACACGGAGUGUUACGAUGAACACAUUGACGAAUGUACAACAGUACCGUCACAUCCCCUCAGACAGCAGUGGGGUGAAGUGUUCAGGGACAUACACAACUUGUGCAAUAAAGAUUGCGGGGGUGUCAUGAACACCAUCCCAAGGUGCCACAACGCCGUCCUCUACGAGAGCUUCUACAGCAACCGCUGGUCCCAGUUCUGUCAGUCACAUACCAAUGCCACAACCUGUGUGACAAAUUUAAAUUGUCCGCUGGGAACUGCCAUGUUUAGCAAGUUGCUGAAAUCAGAAGUGGAGGACUUUGUUGCUAAUGUUUGCGUUAAUGAAUGCAGCAACCUUGAGGAGACUUUGUUCUCCGUGGAGAGAUGCGUUCCUUUCUUGACUAAAACAGUAACCUCGGCCAAUGACUGCAGUAAUUAUCAUGACUUCACGAGCUGCAUGCUGAGGGCUACAGUCCGCCCCUGCAAAGAAGUAGACGACAUUCUGAACUUCCUGUCACCAAACUUCACAUCACGAAAAGACAGAUGCACAACAACUCCAACAACAACAACUACCACUACUACUACAACAACAACCCCAACCACAACCAGUACUUCUACUACAACAACAACCCCAACCACAACCAGUACUUCUACGACGACCAUAACCACUACACCGUCCACUACCACGACUGAACUGACUACAACUAUUCAAUCCACGCAAGAAACGGUCCCAACUAGUACAACAUCAACAAGAACAAGAACAACAACGACCACAACAACAACAACGACCACGACGACCUCACCCGACACAACAAUGAAAACAACCAUAGACGUUCCUGAUACUUCGGCCUGUGUAACUCUAAAUCUCAUGAAAGCUAUUAAUGCUUCUUCACAAAAACACAACUUAACAUCGCCUGAAGAUAAUACCAGCCUGUGUGUGGAGCUUGUCGGCCUGGCCUUCUGCCUCACCUCCAGGUGCCCCACCCUCGUGGAACUGUCCCGCUGUCUGCUGUCCCUACCCCCCAGCGUCAAGCGCUACGUGGACCGGACCUUUCCCCACUGCCGGCCACACAUACAGAAGGUGCACGAGGAGAUGGUGGAUUACAGAGCGCUGUCCAGCAACACCCAGAGACGAUACUUUAACAUUACCUGUACACGAGCAUCCGGGGCAUCAACUCUGCAGACGACAGCUUCUCUGCUCCUCGUAACGCUGAUGACGUCAUUCCAGAUAAUGGGUAGGCUGUAGGACUUGGAUCUUGGAAACCAUGGAUACUCAGGGAACGCCUCCUCUGCAGUAAUCAGCCGCCAUUUCUGGUCAACAGCCUCCAUUCACAUCAUGGAUGAUUCAAAAGACUCUGAAACCUUUUUAUUAAAUAUAAUUUUAUUUGGAUCAAUAUGAUUAUUUUAAAAUGAUCCAUUGUAGUUUUCACUUAUAUACUGAUGGAAGGAAAUAAGAGGAGGCAGGCAGUUGCAUCCUGGCACGAGUACGGACGCAACUCUGCAAAGCGAAUCGCAGAGUUGCGUCCCUUAUUAAUAUCUGCCUAUUUCACCAUGCAGUCAGGCAGAUAUGGAGGGUUCUGUAGUUUUCAGUUAUUUGUCAACUAUAUAUUCAGAGAAAGGCCUAUCGUACAACCAAUAGGGUGCUUCAAGAAUAGUCAGACAUAGCCAUUUUUCUUCAUUUUAUAAGGUUUCGACCGACCAUUUGAUGGGUUUUUUUUAUGGUGGAGGUGGGUAUCUUGGAUUAGUUUUAACAAAAUAAU